AUGUCUUCGAAUGACGCUUCAUUCGAUUGGAGUCCCUCCGAAGUGGCGGCUGAGGAACGCCGAUUAGACCGGGACUUGUUUGAGGCUCCUCUUGGGGUUGAUCCGACGGGACCUACAACUGGAGAAGAAGCCCAAUGGCAGUGCCUUUCAUGCCACUCUGCUGCAUGGAGAUGGGAUGAUGAGAAGGGAUACACAUGUCCUACGUGUGGUGGAUGUGAAUACUUCAACGUGUCACAACCUACGAAGCUCGAAACACCCACUGGAACAUGGAUGUAUGUGCCUCAUGGACCAGACUCUGUAGCAAGUGGUUCGGGUGACGCCUCUAGCUCCCCGACCCCUGUCAAUCGUAGAUCGGGUUUUGGUGGCCCCAAGCUAUUUCAUGGAUACCCACCUGGUGAUGCUCAUGGAGGUGGAUCUGAAAGAGCUGAGAGCGAGGCGCCGACCUUCGAUCCGAUUGUCAACCCUGAUGAACCAAUUCCUGGUGGUAGACGGCGCCGAAGACGUGGUGGAAGCCAAGUCAGUGAGCCUGCUGAUGCACUACAUGGCCCAGUUCUCCCAGAUGCUGCGGUUCAACGAGACGAUCCUGCAGAACUAUACCAACGACAUGGACAUGGAGAUGAUAUGCUUGAUGUCAUGCGACAGCUGUUGCAUGAAAAGCGAUCUACUGCAAAGACUGGUAGCGAGGCCUCAUGGAAUAGCAUGAGAGGGCCCGCACCUGGAGUGAGAUGGAGAGGCGGUGCUCCACCUUUGCCGCCGAAGUGGAUCUACCAACAGUCAGAUCUACGAGCCUUUGCAAAAUAUGAGAGAAAGGUGAGAACUUGGGAGCUUCAGGCAAAAAGCUUCAUGACUGCCGCCGAGAUGGGCCUGGCACUCUACACAAGCUUGCAAGGUGAAGCUGAAGCUGAAGCCGAACACCUGGAGUUAUCCAAGAUCAACCACAAGAAUGGAGUCAGCUACAUCCUUGAUCAACUUCGAGGACCCCUACAACAGAAGGUGCUGUUCCAGAAGAGAAAACUGCUGGCCGACUUCGAGGGCGUUCGGCGCCACAAUGCCGAGACCGUCCGACAGUACGUCAAUCGAUAUCGCAGAAUCGAACGAGACUUACAAACCAUCGGCAUAGAGACCGGCAGUAUGUACGAUAGUGAAGCUCGUGGAAACAGAAUCCUCGAGCGUUGUCAGCUGUCUCCAGACCUACAACGACUGGUGCUGAUCGGAGCCGGGAACUGCCUGGACUACGAGAAGAUCACGGAGUCUAUGUGCAUGCAGUUUCCAGACUUCAAGCCAACUCCUAUGGUUUGGACCUCCAGUCACAACAGACAGCAAGCUGACAAUCAGACUUCAGCAUCUUCGAGCUCAUCCUCCAACCGGAGCUCUACUGGCACUUUCAGGUCUUCGUCUACUGCAACGUCUUCUGGAAAAGGACGUUUCACCGGAAAGGGGAAAUCACCAAAGACGUAUCCCCAUGGAAAAGGGCCUCCUCGCAGUGUCUUCCAAACGGAACAAGUCGAGGACGAGGCUGACAAUGAGGAAGACGAUGCAGAGGACUUCGAAGAUGCAGAAGGCCAACCUGAAGAUGGAGAAGAGCUGGAGCCGAUUCCUGAAGAGGGAGACGGUGACUAUGAGGAGGCAGAUGUGCCUUCCAUCGACGUUGACACCCUGGCCGAUUUAGCUCAGGUGCUCACCGUCACCUCCAAGAAGCUUCAAGCCUCAGUCCUUGGACGGAAGUUCACCGGACGGAAGUCGAUAGAAGAACGGAAGAAAACAAGCACAUGCAGCGCUUGCGGCCAGACAGGCCACUGGGCAGGCGAUUCAGCCUGUUCGAUGUCGGCAUCCAAACGCGAUGGCGGUGGAAAAGGACAAAAAGGCAAGCCAAUUGCAGCUGCAGAGCGCGCCUACAUCCCCAUCGAGAUGGAAGGCCAGGAGACCAAGGGAUUGUUGUUUGGGGUUAGCGUUUUGUCCACCAACAUACCUUUUUUGGCAAGCAGAACUUUGCUGGAACGUUUGGGUUGCAUUAUUGACAUGUUCACCAAGACCAUCACUUUUGCAAACCUUGGUGUUACACUGCCUUUGACUCACAAACACGGUCAUUUAGCAGUCAAUAUUGCGAUGUUUUCAGAAGAUUUGGCAAACCAUCCGUGCUGGAAGCAUCUCUCGCGAGAUCAACUUUGGCAUGAACCUGAUCCUGAACUCAUGUUUGCACCGGGAGCUUUCAACAAAGGCUCAAUUCGUGAUUUGCCGCCCCAAGCCUUGCUGCCUACGGAUGUUCCGUGCGACAGCUCCAGAAUGGCUGAAGCGAUGGCAGAUACUGUAUGUCCUGGUGAUGACCAUCGAGAUCAGGGCCUACAAAGCUAUGUCGAGCAUGGUGCGCUUUGGACUGGCAACCCGGUCUUGGCUGACCCUGGACGAGAACAUCAAGGAGAUGGAGCGUCAACGCUCAGAGGUUGUCAACAAGAUGCCAAAGCAGGCCAAUCCAGCGACAUGCAUGCACCCCGAGUACAAGAGGUACGGCAACGACAAGGGUUCGUUCAGCCGAUGCAAGAGAUGCCAACAGGUUUUCAAAUGGGACCCAAGUCAAAAAGGAUGGCGCCCACAUGGAAGUCCGCAGUCGCAAGUUUCUUCGCACUUGCCACUGCCCUCAUCUUCCAACAUCCUGGAGCCCACCAACAGGGGAACGAGUUCUUCGACAUCGAGGACUACAACUUCCAAGUCCCGAGCGAAGCCCAAAGCCCGACCACAAGAAGUUUUCCUGCCAGCGAUGGAGGAGAUUUGGGAUCCGGAAGCUUAUCCUCCCGAGUCAGAUGGCGGCGAGGAUGGAUACCACGGAUGGGACGAAGCCAUGGAGAUCCAAGACUAUGCAUGAACGAUGAGGCCGACUGGUGGGAAGUUGGCAAAAACAUGGUCACGAGGGUUCACAACAUGCCACGCAAAAGUCUUUUCAACAUGGAUGACUUUUACAAUGGCGAACCUUGUCCAGUGCAUGUGAAACGACUGAGCCUGGAGUGCACAGCCGAGAUGAACUAUGAGGAUGGCAGGACACAAAUGCUCACCUAUGACUGGAGCACGUCCGGGGCAUCCGCUAUGAAACAAUACUGGACUGGGAAGACCAUUUUUCGCGUUCACCCUUUGCCUGAGCGACAUGUGUCAACCAACCUGGAGCGGAAGAGCUUGCGACAUGUAGUUCGACAAGUUGCGCAUUUGCUUCAAGUUGAGCAUGAUGUGAUGCUGGCUGGCACUACAUCCUCCUCUACUUCAACAUCCUUGAAGAACAGGCCACGGGUGGAUUUGUUAGAAACUUUUGCUGGACGUGCUGGAAUCACAAUGAAGGCUACCAAACUUGGUUUGAAAGCACUCCAACCCAUUGACUACAACACCGGCUAUGACCUUGAGAAGGCCAGCCACCAACAACAUGUGGACUAUCUGAUCGACCACUUCAAGCCCCUCUUCCUCGUGCAAGGCAUCGACUGCCGUGAUUGGUGUCUUUUACAAGACAACACCAACUACGUGAGACGCAAGAUCUUGCUUUUGAUGCGGAGGGAGAAGGCCAGGAAGUUGCUACGUCGAGUAGUUCGUUGGUGUGUCAAACAAGCUGAAGCUGGAAGGUUUUUCCUCUUGGAGAACCCUGCAACAAGUCGACUUUGGCUUGAACCGCUGGUGCUGAGACUUUCAAGACUUCCAGGAGUCUAUGCAGUUGUUUGCCAUUCAGGCGCCUAUGGCGGCACCAACUCCAAAGGCCAGAUGAUCAAGAAGAGUUUCAAGUUUCUUGGCAACUGCCCUUGCGUGCUAGAGCGACUGACCAGAAAACUUGAUUCAGAGCAGCUGCUUCAAUGUGUACCUUUGGUUGGAAAAGAAACAACUCUUUCACAGCAUUACCCUGAUGAUAUGAUCAAGCAGAUCGUGCAGGGAAUCAAACAGACCGCUGCACAACAUGAUCCAGAACGUUUUCAUGCUUUUUCCACAACAAGUUUUCAGGUGAUGGCUGUGAACACAACACCAGAUGAUUGGGUUCCCAUUUUUGAGUCUGCCCAGAAGUCCUUUGACAUGACACGACAACGAAGCUAUGUUCUGCCCACAUCAGACACGACAUGGAAGAUGGUUCAACAACUUGUGCGAUGGCAUCAGCUUGAACGUGUGCAGAUUGCGUAUCAACCAACCAUGCUGCGUUUGCCCUUGCACAUUCCUCAUACGCACCGUGGGUGGGCAUUGCUCUACAACGACCAGACCGUGGAAGUUGUUGAAGAGGACCUGGCGGAUGUGAGACACCCAAGAGCCAAGUUCCGCAAACCCGUGAACAUUGGCAUUUUCUUCUUUGGAUAUGCAACACCAAGUAGCCAUGCAAAUCAACCUGUUUCAGCACGACCUGAUGGACAACCUCUACAAGAACCAGCUGAAGAUGACCCACAAGCAAUUGUGGCUCACAACACAGAGGGCAUCACCUUUCCAAGGAUGCCUGGUCUUUCACAAGAUGCCAAGACCUUGCUUUCAAGACUUCAUCGCAACCUUGGACAUCCUCACAACAAUGAGUUGAAAAAGAUGCUUGCGAUGAACGGCAUCAAAGAUCAGAAGGUCUAUGAUGCAGUUGAAGCUUUGACAUGCGAAUCUUGCUUGCGUGUGAGGGGACCUGGCAAACCCGAACCUGCAGGCAUUCCUCAAGAUGUGAGCUUGCAGUUCGGCGAUGUUUUGCAGAUUGACAUCGUCUAUGUCAGGGACAUCACCUCGACCAACUACAUCUUCUUGGGCAUCAUUGAUGAGUGCACGCACCUUCACAUGGCCUUGCACUUGAAUGACCGAAGUCCCGAGGAGGUGCACUACAAGUUUUCUACGUUUUGGGCCCGACCUUUUGGUUUUCCACUGAAGAUCAAAGCUGAUCCCGACGGAAGCAUCCGUGGAUCAUUUGAAGCGGCAAUGGAUGAAGCUGGAACCUACAUGGACUACAUCCCUGCCGAGGCCCACAACAAGAUUGGUCUGAUUGAAAGGCACAACGCCACCUUGAGAGAGCUGAUGGAGAGAACCAUUGAUGCAAGAGCAGUGGUAGGACCUGAAGCCAUGGAACAAGCAGCCAUAGCAGCCUGUUUUGCAAAGAACUCCUGCACAUGGUCUUCAGGGCGACCUCCUUUUGUGGCAGCCUUUGGAAGAGUGCCACGCAUGGGCAUGAACCUUCUUUCAGAUCAACAUGGACUUGUAGCUGGUAGAACACGUGAACAAGCUCAACGCGAAGCUGACUACAUGCGUGCGGAAGCACAACAACAUUUGUCAGCGAUGAGUGUGGAUAGCAACCUACGGCGUGCCUUGCUGAGGAAGUCUACCUCCAACCAACUUCAAGAACUACCAGUUGGUUCCAUUGCAGCAUACUGGCGAUGGACUGCGAAAUCUGGCAAGAAGAGAGGUGGAUUCAAACUGGCUCGUGUUUUGGGCCGCGACCCUGACAACAAGAGCAUUUGGCUUCAAGCAGGCACCAACACCGUGAAGGUAGCACCACAUCAAGUUCGACCAGCACUUGGAUUUGAACAAUGGAAUCCAAACUACGACGACAUCAAAGCUUUGAGGUCAGCUGUUGAAAACCUCCAACAUGGCAUUCUUCAAGACGAGCAACUACCAGAUCCACCGCAAGGACAAGAACUACCUGGUUUUGAAGAAGUGCAACCUGAGGUGCAAGUGCCUCCACCUGUUGGAAUAGAAGAUGGCAUUCCCGAAGCACAUCAACAUGAGCUCAUUCCUGUGCCUCGGACACCUUUGCCUGAUCCAGUGCAACAACCUCCUCAAAUUCAACUUGAAGAGGAAGCUACACAAACGGAUCCAUACCAGCAGCAGCAGACGACCAUCAACAUGAAUAUGUCGUCACCAACCUACAGACAGACCAUCAUCCAGAACCAAUCCUUUGGUAUGAAUGAAGCACAGCGCUCUAGACCAACAGUCAAUGUGCCUGUCAGGAAACGACAUGCUUCAAGGUCGAAAACACCUGUUCGACAACUACGAGCAUUGACACCACAUGGUGAAAGAGCCCAACCUGCUUCAGUACGACAGUUGCCUGAUGAACCUUUUCUAGAGCAAGCACAUCAACCUUCUUCAGUGCAACCGUUGGCGAACCCACCUUCUGCAUUGGCACCGUCCAAUCCAGCCGGUGGUAUAACGCCUCCACUAGAAACACCACAGACCGAAGUGAUCGUGGUGCAAGAUGAUGAUGAAACUGCAGGACAACCUGCAUCGUCUCAUGGACAACAAGUUCUACCACAGAGCCGGACCGCUGUGGCAGACGACAUUGGAGAUCAAGCUCCAACAACACCAGAAGCAUUGCGGCUGACACCAGCCAAGAGAACCUUUGAUGAAGCUGCAGCAGAUCAAACUUUUGAUGUAUCCUUUUUGCGACCAUUUCGAGAUGAAAGGUCGACCAAUUCAAUUUCUUCAACAAUGCAAGAUCACUACGUCGACUUCGACAAUGAUGAUGUCGACGCCAUGACGUUGAUGGCUAGAGGAUUUGAUGGAUCACCAGAUGUCUACAUGCCGUACUCCAACAAGAGCUUCAUGACGGCAUAUCGCCAACAUGGCGACUACGAUGGCAAUGGCGACAGCGACGAAUCUGACGCUGAUGUCAAGGAUUUCCGUGGAGAGCAAAAGCCCAUUCCACCUACCUUGACCCGCCAAGAGAAGAAAGCCCUGGACAAAGAGAUCCCUUGGCAGAAUAUCAUGCGUAUGGAUGAAGCCACCAUCCAGCAGUACGUUGAUGCAGCAAAAGCAGAAGAGCGCUCAUGGCUCGACUUCAGCAGUGUGCGCCCCAUUUCCAAGAAGGAAGCUGCCAAGAUCCCUGGAGACAAGGAACUACGCAAACGGGUUCUACGUUCCCGUGCAGCCUUCAGAGACAAGUCUAGAGGAGUUGGUCCACUACGACCGAAGUGCCGCAUUGUCGCAGUGGGAUGCAGCGAUCCAGACCUUUGGACGCUUCAACGUGAGAGCGACGUCAAAACAGCCUUCCUCCAGGGAACACCCGAGCAGAGGAGCAUGCCAAUUUUUCUUCUUCCACCUGCCGAUGGAAUUUGCAAAAGAGCCGACAUUUUCAGAGGAGCAGACCUAUUGGAAGUUGUGGGGAACAUUUAUGGACUUGCUUCAGCACCACGCACUUGGCAGAUGCAUGUUGUGAAGGUUUUGAAACAGAUUGGAUACCAACAAUCUUCUCUGGAUAAGAUGCUUUUCUACUAUUAUCAGAAGUUUGAAGGAGAAUCAGAACCUGUCCUUUGCGCUGUCAUCAUAGUGUACGUGGAUGACUUCCUGCUGACCCACGACAGCCGCUAUGAUCGCAAUCACCUGCUGAAGAUGUUCAAGUGGGGAAGCCAGAAUGAGCUGACCUUAGAGAACAGCCUGGACUUCAAGGGCAAGCGCAUUUCCUUGAAGCACGACCGCAACAACAAUGAGUACACCCUCAAGCUCGACCAGGAGAAGUUCAUUUCUGACAUGAAAGGUGGCACCGUUCCGAAGAAACGGCACAAAGAGACCUUGGAUGCCUCCGACCUGGGAGAGUUUAGAAGCGUGUCAGGAUGUUUGCAAUGGUUGGCUGGACAGACGAGACCUGACGUUGCUGCAACCGUCAGUCUGUGCAGCCGAGGUGCGAAGUCAACAUACGAAGACUUGCACAACAUGUACAUGGCUGUUGAGCACCUGCAUCAAACAAAAGAUCAUGGCUUGGUUUUGCGACCCGUGCCCAUCGACUAUUCCACGAUGAUCACCACCUAUGCUGAUUCCAGUUGGGCCAAUGCUGUUGGACAUGCAAGUCAACAUGGUGCUUUGAUUUUGCUUUCCAGCCCUAAGGCUACUGACGUGAUUCAACCUGGACUCCUGGUGGAUUGGAAGAGUUCGAGAUCUACGCGCGUUUGCCGAUCCACUCUUGCUGCUGAGGCCUCCGCGGCCGAUAUGAGUGUUGAUCGUGCCAGCCUGAUCAACUACAUGCUGAGUGAGCUGCUUCUGAACCGGCCGACGUUUCACAUUCCAUCUUGCGAUUUGUUGCGAAUGGUGCAGGCAACCGACUGCCGUUCGCUUUACGAUGUUUUAGUUAGUGAGAAUCCUCGCACUGAGGACAAGAGGACCAUUGUGACCAUCCGGUCGGCCCAGCAAUUUUUGUCUAGGGACAAUGUGUUUUGGAUCCCAACAGCGAUACAGUUCGCUGACGGUUUGACCAAAGUGAGUCAAAACCUGAUGAUCUCAUUCUACAACUGGCUUCAAGAGCCAUGGAUCCAAUUGCACGAAUGCAAGAGGAAUGUCAAUCAACAGAAUAGUUGGAGUGUGAAUUUCAUCCAGCAUUUAGGCAAGAUUGAUGCUAUCCCGGAGGCCGUCACGGAUGGCGUGGAAGGCUUUCUGGUGCCACCAGGUGAUGCGGAUGCUAUCCGAGAUGCGGUGCUAAAGUUGUACAACAACCCUCAGCUUCGAGUGAAGAUGGGCUCUGCUGGAAGGCAACGGGUGCUGAAGCAGUUUAGUGACCCGGUGCCUGCGGGAUGCUGCGGGGCGGUCAUCGCAGGCUACGAGAGCAUGGGUGAGCGCUAUCGCGAGCUGCUGGAUACCGUGCCACUGCCGACAGCGGAAGCAACCGAAGCAACGCCGAGCAGUAGCAGCUUCAAGGGUAAGACGGUGCUGGUUGACAUGGACAACAGCCUGGUGGACUGGGACGGUGAAUUCAUCCGUCGCUUCGCGGCCAUGGCCAAGCGCCCGGAAGAGGAGGUGGAACGCGUGGUGCGGAACAGGCAGAAGUUCGAAAUCGAGGAGGGCUCGGAUGUCCCCAGUCAUGAGCUGGUGAUGGAAGUCAUCACUUCACCAGGCUUCUAUGAAAGCCUGGAGCCUUAUCCCGGCGCUGUUGAGGCAUUGAACCGGUUGCUGGAAGAGGGUGCCGACGUGAAGUUGGUGACCGCCCCCCACCCGGCCUGCGCCGGCAGCUGCGCCCGAGAGAAGUUCCUGAGCGUCGAGAAACACCUCGGCCCAGGCUGGUUGGAACGGUUGAUUAUCACCAGGGACAAGACCCAUGUACAAGGCGACAUUUUGGUGGACGACAAGCCCCAGGUGACAGGAGGUCAACCCACCCUGUGGACACACGUGCUCUUCGACCAAGCCUACAAUCGAAAGGUGGAGGGCAAAACCCGGAUGUCGUCCUGGUCACAAUGGGCCCAGGUCUUGCCCGCAGUGCUUGGUGCCAAUGGUGCCAACGGCUUGUCAAAAUCGCCGAGCUGA